ACAUGAUCUGUGAAUAUCACAUGGCUUGAAGUCACAUGAUUUCAAUAAGCGACAAUAUGAAACGUCUAACAUUAAUUUUUGGUAUAAUUAGCCUAAUUAGGGCAUAUAAUAUCGAUAUUGAUUCGGAAAUGGGAAGAUAUUUUGAUGGCAUAGGAGGAUUGAGUGGUGGCGGAGCAACAUCAAAAUUAUUAAUUAAUUAUCCUGAACCGCAAAGAUCGCAAAUUCUUGACUAUCUUUUCAAACCCAACUUUGGUGCUUCACUUCAAAUAAUUAAAGUUGAAAUUGGAGGUGAUGGACAAUCGACUGAAGGAACUGAAGCGUCUCAUAUGCACGAACCAUGGGAUGAAAACUAUCAGCGAGGUUACGAAUGGUGGAUUCUAAAGGAGGCUAAGAGAAGAAAUCCAGAUAUUCUUACGUAUGGUUUACCGUGGGCAUGGCCAGGUUGGAUAGGAAACUAUACUCAAAAUCCUUUUGUCGCUAUUGACCAGACAGUUAGAUAUAUAAUUAAUUGGAUAGAGGCUGCUAAAAGAAUUCAUGGAAUCAAUAUUGAUUUUAUAGGAAAAUACAUUAUUGCUACAGCACCUUCCCGUGUUUGGAAUGAGAAAACAUAUAACAAUGAUUAUAUUAAGCUUUUAAGACAAACUCUUGAUAUUCGAGGACUUCGAACUAGGAUAGUAACUCCAGAUGGUGGGUGGAGUCCAAUGGCUAAAGAUGUAUUAAGUGAUAACGAAUUGGCAAAAGCUGUUUACGCUAUAGGUGCUCAUUAUCCUGGUACAACUAGUGAUGAAGAUGCACAAAGAACUGGCAAACCAUUAUGGGCUUCCGAAGAUUACAGUACAUUUAAUAACGAAGUUGGUGGCGGUUGUUGGGCAAGAAUACUGAAUCAGAAUUACGUUAACGGUUUAAUGACUAGGUAG